AUGAGUUUGGUUGUUCAGAAUGAGCGACUUUUGAUGUUGGGACACCCUGAUCGUGACGACGAAGAUUUGAUGAGUGUGGCAGAGUCAAACGAUAUGGAAGAUAGUAGCUCUUCUGAAAGCGAGAGUGGUAGCGGUUCUGAGAGUGAGAAUGAAUCCGAUACUAAUAACAACUCGGGAUCUGUAGAAAAGAUCCAUCAACAGAGCGAGUACUUUGGUUGUGACACUGCAGAAGCUACUGUCAAGCGAGGAAGCUCUCGUCGUCGUCGCCACUCGCGGAAGAAAGAUAAUCCUAGCAACAGUCCAUCAAGCGAGGAAGGUUGUAGAACACCACAAAAGCGAGUACAAAGAAGAAGUAGCGCUGCGGAACUUCGACGUGUACGUCAACUUCUGCAAAGAGCAGAAAACACUACACAGGCGGUGAUAAAAGCUAGACAGCAACAACAAGAACGGCUGCAAAAGGAAGCUCUUCAACAGUCUUUCCUUUUUGACCGAGGUGGAAUUGCAACAGCGCCUUCAAGCCCAGGAGGCCGAGGUGUUCGUAGCGUCUUUGGGCAUCAUCAAGCACACCGCUCUAAGAGAUUCUCAUCUUCUCCAUCCGAGCCCAAUGAACAUACAGAUGAUUAUUUCAGGCAGUUCGGGUCUAAUUCCACCACCCCUAAUUCAUCGCGACCCAAUUCGAUUCACGAAGAGCAAAACCUGGAAACCGUUAAAAGCUUCAAGUCCUUGUUUUCAGUACGAUCCGGCCCCAAGUUUAAGCCCCGCCGAUCAUCAUCACUGAAAGCUGAAUGCAAGCAAGGCAAUAGAAAGGAAUUGAGAGAUAGCUCCGGAGCAGGAAAUAGUGUUCAUGCAAGUCCUUCUUCUAGAACAUCCAUAGAUGAAGCACACUACGCCACGCUACCUGCCCGCUUAGGUGGAGCAGUUUUCGAAGAUGGAUCACCUAACCAACGACAUUCGCCCCACUCUGGUCUGAAGUUUAAAGCCCCUUUAUCCGAAUACCAAAUGAAAAAGGCAGCAGAAGCUUACAGAAAACAACGGGAAAAGGAAGCAAGACGCGAACACAAGCGAGCAGAGAAGGAGGCAAAGAUUGAACAACAACUUCUGGAGAGUCAACGACAAGCUGAAGCUGCAGCCAGGGCUAUUCCACCAAAAGAGGUCGCCUUUGGUGAUCGAAAACUGUUCAUGUCAUUUUUGAAUAUCGUACGCGAUCCUUUACAGCGCCUAAGUGAUACCUGUUCAAGAGUGAUGUUUAGCUUGGAGCGAGAGCUGGUAGCAGGACUUAAUGUGGAGCAAGACCGAUUAGAGCGUAUCAAGAGACGAAACGCGCAGCAUGCAGCUGCUAUUCGGGCUACAGAAGCAAUACUGGCGGAGGAAGAGAAAGCCGCUGCCAUUGGAGCAACCGCAGAUGCAAAGACAGCGGAUCCAGCAAACAAUGAAGCAGUAGGGAUAGAGAAGUCUGGUAGCGAUGUCAUUAAUAAGAAAGCUGACAGUAAGACCAGGAUCCUUGACCGGAUACGUACCUUGAUCGGGAUCGAUACUCCUCACCUUACAAAAGACGAUAUUGAUUAUGUCAAGGCACUCAAAUCAGGCAUGAAUAUGAACAAAGAAAAGAACACCAAGCUUCCUAAAAAAGUCCCCAUAGAUACUCCCCACCCCAACAAAUUCCUUCAAAAGGACGCACAAAGAAAUGCCGCUUUCUCUGGGCUCGAUGAUGAGGAUGACCUUGCUUUACCGCCUGGUGUUUCGUAUGUACAAUAUUUGACCCAAGAGCUGGAGAUCUUCGACAAGGCAGAAGCAGAAAGUCUUCGUGAUUUUAUUUCCACACACCCGACCUUGGAGGUCGGGCCACGCGAAGAGCUUUUCUUGAUUUUUUUCUUCUUGUUCGCGUUGCGCGAGAUCGCACGUGAGUUGUUGCGUCUCGGCAAGUACCUCGAAGAACAAGAAGAGAAAGUGCGUGCAAGGAUGGAGACAGAACACCAUAUUAAACGUAGGAAAAAGCUAUGGUGGCCCAAAGUUGUUGGUAAUUUCUGGCGAUGGUUUGCCUGGGGUAAUUAUAACCAAGUCAAAACAAGCGAAGGUUAUAAUUCCUUGAUAUUGAAUUCAGCCAAGAAUCUUGAACACCGGCAGCUAAUGAGCGUCGAGGAGGAAAAGGCUCAUGUUGAAGCCAAGGCUGCUAAGGCCGCUGCUGAGAAGGCGGCCGCUGAGGCUGCUGCGAAGGCCGCUUUAGAGAGACAGGCUGCGGCCCACAGACGGCGUCAUUCGGAAACAUGGAAUUUACAACCUCUUCGUCGCAGAGCUACUGUGUCGGCGCUUGUCCAUCGAGGCAGACAAAGUCCUGAUGUAGAGAAAGGUCUUGGAUCUGAAAGUUAUGCAACAGAAGCCCACCCACAACGGCCCAGUCUUCGUGAGAAGUCACAUGAACCCCGGUCCAGGUCAGCCUCUCCUAUUCACUCUAGCUCUGGUAAAUAUAGACAUGAGCAUAGACAACAUGCUCGUGCAGGCCACCAACCCUUCUCUCGUGCUCUUAAAAAGCCAAAAUCUGAAGUUGGCCUUGAGGAUCCCAACGUUUUAGGCGUUAAGGAGGUAUUGAACCGGGAUUUCGGUGAAGAUGAUGUCGCUUCCCCUUCAGGCGCGACUUUGGAGGCUCCAUUAACUGAUAUCAAAAAUAAGUCAUCGCUAGCGGAGCAGUACACCGUUGUGGAAAUACCUGACUAUGAAUCCCUUAGGCAUAAGGACGACAAAGAGCUUAAACAUUUUGAGGAUGUCAACUUGGUAGAGCUGUCACCUCGUGUCAAUACUUUAAAGCCACGUAGUACAGCCCCACCAGAAUUAGUCACUGACGAGGCCACAAAACCUAAAAAGCCUGUACAGGUAAUCGAAAGACCUAGCAUGUCGCAUCAGGAUCGGUACCCUUCUUUUGCUAGCAGUACUUCUCCAGCGCUGUUACAUGCACCAGAUUCCACUACUAUCGACAGUAGCGACGCCCAAGCUCGUUGUGGAAACCCUCGAAGGUCUACUGGGGAUAGUGGUGACAAUGACAGCUCAUCAACAAAUGAUCGUUUCUCUAGAGAGAGACAUUAUCAUGAUCACCAGAAUAAGGACGAGCAGCGGCGCUCUCGAGGUAUUUUCGCUACAUUUAGCCGCCGCCCUUCCGAAGAUGCACUUGAGCUCGCCUCCAAAGAGAGGCAAGGGCCUCGUCAGGCUGCAUCUGAAAAUGAGCCUGAAAAGCCGUCUGGAACUGUCUUUGUAAGCGUAAAGAAGCCCAAAACCCUACGCUAUCGCUUGUGGGAAUUACUACAGCCCUUCAAUUCAGCAGAGUACAAGUUCGGAUUCAAGAUGGCAGUUGCACUUACAUUCAUCGGAUUAUGGUCCUGGCUAGAAUGGAAUAAUAAGCCGUUGGCAACAGAUCGUGGUCAAUGGGCUAUGAUGACAGUGAUGGCGGUGCUAUCACCUACUAUAGGAGCUACGUUCAGUGUUUGCGCAAUGCGUGUCGCUGGUACAUUAGUGGGUACACUCUGGGCAUUGCUGACUUUUUUAGCUUUGCCACGGAAUCCCUAUGUAAUCUGUGCCAUGAUGCUCAUCGUUGUCAUUGUUGGAAUCAUCGUUUCGGUGGCAAUGAACACAUUACUGUGGCCGAUUCUAGCGCGUCGAGAAUUGCGCAAGGAGAUUGCAGUGCUGAUUGGGCGACAGGGUGUACUUUUCGCAGAAUUAGUUAAUAAGUUUUUGUUGGAGGAUCCUAAAGCCCGACGCCCAAAUCACAUGGCCAGUUGGUCUCAUUAUAACCGCCAUCAUCAAGGAGAUCAAGAAGGAUAUAAUAAUGAUGGUUUGGAUGAGAGGCGAGAUCCGCUUCAGGACUCAUUUAUCGAGCGCGCAGAAAGAGAAAGCAUGAAUAAGAGACAGCAGCAAGCUCGUCAAGGGGAUACUAAGCCAACAAGGAAUCAGAACCUUGGUAAUGACGCAGUAUCUGAUAGAGAAGGCUUGCUUUAUCAGGAUGAAGACUCUCGGAAUACCAUGGAUCCAGAUCGUAUAGCAUUCCAGCAUGUAGAGCAACAACUUCAGACAAAGCUUAUCAAGAUUUCACAGUUACUCGAGCUCUCUGCCUUAGAACCACGAUUGAAGGAGGAGUUUCCAAUGAAGCUCUACCAACAGAUCGUUCAAUGUUGCCAAAAUAUUUUGGAUAGGAUGGUUUCCAUGCGUAUGGCAGCUCAGAUGCUUUCGCCCGAAGUCCGUGAAUUAGUGACUGGACCAAUGAACUACUAUCGACGCGACAUGGUUGGCGCACUUUUGCUUUAUUUUAGUGUGCUGUCUUCAUCACUCGCUGCUAAAUCACCUCUGCCACCCUAUUUACCAUCAGCAAGAAUGGCUCGUUUGCGGGUCAUAUAUAAUGUCAGAGAGGCUAUUGCUGCUAAUCGAGUAGUGACAGGAGAGGACCACUAUACCUAUAUCUAUUACUAUGCAUUCUCAUCUGCCUUAGAGGAAGUCAUUGAGGAAUUGGAAUUACUUGCUAUCUUGAUCAAGCCUUUGGUUGGAGUUACACUUGUAUCUUCUGGCGCCUGUUACACACCUGGCACGCUCGGAGACCAGCUAAACCUUGGGUCAGCCGUCGCUACUAAUCAACUAGGGCUGCCGCCUAUCCCUAGUGGCGCUACUCAGGAUGCUAUGGCUCAGAACACAGCUAUGACCCCAUCCACAAUGGUGAAUAUUGGCGCGGCAGACGCUACAACCGCGGGAAUGGGCGCAAAUGCAUUUGGCCAGCCAUUGCAAUACCCUCAGGACCCCCUCUAUCAGCAGCAGAGAGCUCUAGAGCAGCAACAAGCACAGCAACAGCAUCGACAGCUACAGCUCCAACUGCAGGUUCAUGCUCAGCACCAACAAAUUCAGCAACAGCAACAACAAAUCUUGCUACAACAACAACAACUUAGUAUGAAUUUUCAUCCAGACUUGGCAAUUCCCGCACCAUCACGAAUUUUGAUCAAUCCGCAGAUAAUACCUGUUCGCAUAGCCGCAAUGAACUCUGGCGAUGUUGAAAACCCUUCAUUGAAUCGAUCCGAUUCUAGUAGCACCCCCUCUGAAUCCUCUGAGGACAGCCAUCAAAGGCCAAGAGAUGAAACAGAUCAGAGAGUUGCUACAAGGGAGACUGCAUCUGUUGUUCCCGGAAAGGAGCCUAAAUCGAAAUCCAAAAGCUUUAAGGCUAAAACUGGAAACAUUCAUGUUGACAUCUCACCAACCACUUCUGGAACAACUUCUAUCAGUCACAAUCUAAAUGAUCUUCUUAUUCCGAAUACCACUACCGCGAGUGCUUUGGGAGCCCCUGGAAUCAUAGUGAUGGAUGAGAGUUUACUUGGGAAUCGGCACGCGCAACGGUAUAAGGAUGCGGUCCAGGCAGCUCAGGAGGCUAGUGGACAACAAGUGAUUGAAGUCUCGUCUCCAACUCUAGCGAUGUUUCCAGCGCAAAUUCAAUUGCCGAUGUGCACGCUCAGUACAGAGUCUUAUGGAAAUGGCAUUCAGCGAAAAAGAUCAACGACGACAGGAGGAAUCAGACCAUCAGCGUUAGCUACGGGCUCGUUCAAAGGUACCGAUGGUUCUGGGUUACAAAGUAGAACGAAACGACCCUCUCUCGUGCCCUACGACAGCCACAACAGCGGUAAAAGCCAUCAUCAUCUUCACCCUCACCACCCUCAUCAUGGCAAGGAUCACGACAGCUCGAAUGCACACAAAAAGGAUAGCCCUUCGCCCUCUGCUGCCUCCAUGAUUACAACAGCAUCGCCCUAUAUCCCUACAGUCACCACUGCGAUUGUUAUGCCAUUUGAAUACGAAAGGGCCCCAGAGCCUGUACUGCCACUUCACAUGAUCCCUACACUGGCUCAGAGCCAAGCUCGACAAGAAGGACAAGAAGGGCAAGAAGGACAACAACAGCAGCAGCGGCAGCAGCACGAUUAA